AUGGCAACUAAAAAGGCUGCCAAACCAAAGAAUCCUAAUAGAAGAUAUAAAAAACAGGAUAAUAAACCGGAAAAACGUCUCUUCUUUUUCUCUCCUCAAAUAAACAAAACGGAUAUGGACAGAACAGACCUGGAGGAAAAUUCUUUAAAUAUGCCAGAGCUAACCCCCAAAAAUUCUAUGCUGGACACAGGAAAGGACGACCAAGUAAUUACUAAAGCCUUUCUGGAAAGAGCAUUUGAUUCCCAAUUAGAGAAAUUUAAAUGUGAAAUUAAUAAUAUUAUGAGAGAUAUUAAAGAAGAGCUACAGCAGUUAAGGAAACAGCUUCAAGAAAAUGAAGCAUGUAUGACACAAUUACAGCCUACUAUUCAACAACAUGAAGAUAUUGCCAAAAAACAAGAUAACAGAGUUAGCACAAUGGCUAAAAAGAUUGCCGAACUUGAAAACAGAAGAAAUAAUUUAAGGCUCAGGGACAUCCCAGAAUCCAUAUCUCAGGAUAGACAUAAAAACACUCGGCAUAGACAUAUCAAGAAACGGAGAACCUCUGGGAAGAUGCCACUGGAUUUUUAA